AUGGACAUCGAUAUGAUCGACAUCAGGACGCUGGGAUAUCUGUCGAGCACGAGCACGGUUGUCUCUGCAUCGACGAUCGGUAAUUUGACAUCGGUGAAUCAAACGGAUGGGGCAACCGAUGGCAGUGGGAGAGGUGCCGGCGGUGCCGGAAGCACGGGGAUCCCUGGUGGCGCAGGAGAUGACACCGACGAUGACGACGUAGAUGUCCUGUCCCCGCUGUCGAUGUCAUUUCUCGGUGUUUUCCUUUCGAUUGUGAUAUUUCUUUCCGUGGCGGGUAAUAUUCUGGUAUGUAUUGCCAUCUACACGGAGAGAAGUUUACGACGCAUCGGAAAUCUGUUCCUAGCUUCGCUGGCCAUCGCCGAUCUAUUCGUCGCAUCACUCGUCAUGACGUUUGCCGGCGUUAACGAUCUGCUAGGCUACUGGAUAUUCGGGGCUCAAUUUUGUGACACGUGGGUCGCGUUCGACGUGAUGUGUUCAACCGCUUCCAUCCUGAAUCUGUGCGCCAUCUCCCUCGACCGAUACAUUCAUAUCAAGGACCCGUUACGCUAUGGUCGAUGGGUGACACGACGAGUGGCCAUUGGAACGAUUGCUGUUAUCUGGCUGCUAGCGGCUCUGGUCUCUUUCGUACCGAUAUCGCUCGAUCUGCACCGGGACAAGCGGGACAAAACUGACACAUCGCUCAAAAUCAACGGGAUCAAGCAUGAGACCUGCGCCCUCGAUCUAACACCAACUUACGCUGUUGUUUCUAGUUGUAUAAGCUUCUACGUACCUUGUAUAGUAAUGAUUGGCAUUUACUGCAGGCUUUACUGCUACGCCCAGAAACACGUCAAAUCGAUACGUGCCGUUACACGGCCCGGAGAGAUCAGCGAGAAGCGCUACCGCAGUAUACGAAAGCCCAAAAACUGCAAGAACAAGCUUAAACUCCGCCAGCUGGCCCAUCACGCAUCAUCGCCCUACCACGUGUCGGACCACAAGGCGGCUAUAACCGUCGGCGUUAUCAUGGGCGUGUUCCUGAUUUGCUGGGUUCCUUUCUUUUGUGUAAAUAUCAUUGCUGCAUUCUGCAAGACGUGCAUCGGACAGCAAACGUUCAAAGUGCUGUCCUGGCUCGGGUACUCCAACUCGGCCUUCAACCCGAUCAUCUACUCGAUUUUCAACACGGAGUUCCGGGAGGCCUUCAAGCGCAUCCUCACGACGCGCAGCUCGUGGUGCUGCGGCCAAGAGAUGGGCAACAUUUACCCCCGGAGCAGCGAUCGGUACGUAACGGACUAUGCGGCGAAGAACGUCGUCAUGAACUCUGGGCGCUCGUCUGCCGACCUGGAGCAGGUCUCAGCAAUAUGA